UAGCAUAAUACAUUUGCGUGAGCGGCAUUGUUGGUUGCAAAAGCAUUUUAUUUAAUUUUCCAAAUAUUACCGUGAAGUUGAAAUGAAAUCCCGAUAAAUAAUAGUAUCGAAUCUUAUUUGUAAGGAAAAUGGCGAGUAAAUACACUCAGCCAGCUAAUAUAGCUGCGCAAAACCAGCUGGUACAAUGGAUAAACGACGCUGGAAUGGCGGAAGGGAACAAGAAGUCCGACCUGCUUCGAAAGAUCAUCGAGGUCCUUCUCCAUCAAGCGUCACAAAUGGUUCCUGUGUACAUGGAUAACAUUCUCAGCUACAGUAGCGACAAAUCCACUGAGGUUAAGAAGCUAGUUGUGGCCUUUAUUGAGGAAAUAAGCAAACUCCAUCCACAAUAUCUACCGAAGGUGAUCGGGCAACUUCGUAUGCUGGUUGUGGACAGUGUGAUCGCAGUGCAGAAGAGAGCUAUCCAGGCAGCUAGCAUUGUCUACCGCAACACAUUAAUAUGGAUGUGCAACACCGAAGAAGACGUCACCGACCUACAAUAUGUGUGGCAGCAUUUGUCUGAGCUGAAACUAAUAGUCUUGAACAUGAUAGACAGCGAGAAUGAAGGCAUCAGGACACACUCCAUCAAGUUCCUUGAGGAGGUGGUCCUGCUGCAGACGGCCGGAGACAUGUCCGACGAAGGAUUCUCUCUGGACAACUUGCCAACUCAUCUGCCGUUCAUCAAGAGGAAAGCUCUUGAGGAGGAGGCUGAACACAUAUUCACUCUGUUAGUCAAAUUCCACAAUUCACAACACAUCUCAAGCGUCAACCUGAUGGCCUGCAUGACAACUCUAUGUCUGCUGGCGAAGUUCCGACCGAAGUACAUGCCGCGAGUGGUACAGGCUUUGGGAGACCUCCACACAACCCUACCACCGACACUGUCGCAAUCCCAAGUAAACUCCGUCAGAAAACAUCUCAAGAUGUUGCUCGUGAACAUUAUUAAACACCCGUCGUCAAAUGAGAUGCUCCCACAACUUACUCAGUUGCUCCUAGACAUUGGAAUGACGACGCAAGAGAUUAACAAAGCGAUACCCAAAGAACGAAGGAACAAACGCUUGGGAGAGUUGAAGAGUUAUGACGCUCCAGCUAAAAGAUUCAGAGUAGAUUCACCACAGAGCAACAGUCAAGGUAGUGAUAGCAACAGCCGAAGCGACUUCAACUUUGACGAAGAUAGUACAAGUGCUGUGUUACCUGCACCUAUAACUAAGGCUACAGCCACCGAAGAGACAAUAAUUGAAGGCCUCGACACGGUAGAGAAUGUAGUCAAACUUGUAAUGGCGACGUUAGUAAACAAUCUGCCCAAUAGCAUGCCAGAUGACUUUAUACAAAACUAUAAACCUAUUCCUAACUCCGGAACUAAGGCACAGAAGAAAGAACUAGCUAAAAUGCUACUUGCUGUUAUUAAAAACGAAUCGGCGCCUACGCCUCCUACUUUGAUCGACAUCGCAGCUAAAAUACCCUUGCUGAAAGAAGACGAAGAAAAAGUUACACUAAAGAAUGCCGUGGCAAAACUCCAAGAAUCAACCAAAGCGGACAGAAAGGUGGAAAGUGCAGUUUCUAAGCUGAUGGAGGAAACGAGACAGGAUCACUUGAAAGAGGAGGAACGUAGAACGAAAGAGAAAGAGAAAGAAAAGGAAAAACAGAUCCCACCUCCGACACCGACAGUUCCGAAGUUGAAGCAGAGGGUAAAGUUGCUGAAACUGCAGGAGAUAACGCGACCUAUACCUAAGGAAAUUAAAGAGAAGCUGAUGAUACAAGCUGUGGCGAGGAUCCUGAACGCUGAGAAAGAAGCAGCGAUAGGAGGCGCAUCGCAAAUCCGUGCCAAGUUCAUAUCUAUCUUUGCAUCAAGCUAUACCCCUGAACUGCGUGAUUUGAUCCUGAAUUACAUACUGGAAGACCCUUCCAGCAGAAUCGAUUUAGCUUUGUCCUGGUUGUAUGAAGAAUAUGCCUUCAUGCAAGGUUUUAAUCGGCAUCCUGUGACCUUGCAGCCUAAGGUUCACGAGAAACACGACCAGAAUUACAAUCAGCUUCUUUGCGCUUUGAUCACGCAGAUAUUUGAGAGAGGCGAACCGGCAAUAGAGAAUGCUAAGGAUAUUUUACUGAGGAAGAUAUAUUUAGAAGCUCCGCUGGUUACGGAUGAGGCUGUGGACUAUUUGAAGCAUUUGGUGACGGAAGAGAAAGUCGGGUUUCUGGCGCUUGAGCUGUUAGAGGAGCUGUGUGUUAUGAGACCGCCGCGAGCGCAUAAAUACAUGGCUUCGUUGGUUUGUCAUGUCUUAAGUCAAAAUGUGGAGAUCCGUGAUAUGGCGUUGAAGUUAUCGCUGAAGAUCUAUGGUCGAGGGACGGACGCGGUGCGCCGGACUAUAGAGAAACAUGCUCUGCUUUACCUUGGGUUCAUAUCCCUGAGCACGCCGCCGCCGGAGCUGCUGCGCGGGCGCACAAUCCGCGUGCCCUGGACCGACGACAUGUACAAGAUCUGCCUCAAUUUAAUCAUGGGACUGUUCCUGGAGAAGGAAGAGCUAAUAAUGGAGAUAGCGCGCGUGUACGGGUGCGCGGGCGCGGAGGCCAAGCGCUGCGUGCUGCGCGCGGUGGAGGCGCCGCUGCGGGCCACCAUGGCGCGCGGGGCGCCGCUGCGGCCCGCGCUGGCCGCGCUGCUGGACGACUGCCCGCGCGGCGCAGAGACGCUGCUCACCAGGCUCGUGCAUCUGCUCACCGAGAGGGCGCCGCCAUCGCCGGAACUAGUAUCAAAAGUGCGCGAGCUGUACGCGACGAGAGUAUCGGACGUACGAUUCUUGAUCCCUGUUCUCUCCGGACUGUCAAAUAAGGAGAUUUUGGCAGCGUUACCGAAGCUUAUAAAACUGAACCCUGUGGUUGUAAAAGAAGUAUUCAACAAAUUGCUGGGAAAUCCUGAAACGGAUAAUGGGCCAGUUUCUCCUACGGAGUUGCUGGUGGCGCUUCACCUCAUAGACCCGGCGAAGGCGGAACUCAAGUACAUUAUCAAGGCGACGGCACUCUGCUUCGCUGAGAAGAACAUAUUCACGCAGGACGUAGUAUCAGCAGCUCUGCAGAGGUUGAGCGCCGAGCCAGAGAUCCCCGUACUUUUGAUGCGCAGUGUGUUACAAGCACUCACUCUGUACCCCACAUGCGCCCCCCUCGCUAUCAACAUACUGGAAUUGCUGGUCGAACGAGAGGUGUGGAACCACAAGGUGGCGUGGGAGGGGUGGAUCAAGUGCUGCGAGCGGCUGGUGCCGGCGUCCAGCGCGCUGCUGCCGCAGCUGCCGGCGCGGGCGCUGCACGCCGCGCUGGCCGCCGCGCCCGCGCUGCUGCCCGCCCUGCGGGCGCACGUGCUCCAGCUGCCGCCGCCCGACCGGCCCGGCCUGCCACCGCAUGUGCUGGCGCUCACUACGCCGCAUCAGGAACCAACGUACACGCCGCCUCCUGUGCAGCCUAACCCAGUCGAGCCAUUACCCCCAGGAAUGGAAUGACAUCUCAUAGAAGACUUUUGUUAAAAAUAAAAUGACACCUCUUGUAUUUUGCGUUCUAACAUGGUGCGGAAAAGCGGCGCGCGGGUGCCGAGGGCUUUGACCAAUAACAUAACAUCACGCCAAUACGCGGCUAGGCAGAUUCUUCUUCUAUCAUGUGGGUUGUGAGGUGGAGUACCAACCUCAUCACCCCUGGUCUCAGGGUUACUAUUGAGCCCCCAAAGGCUGACAUGGCACAUGUAACGACUACUUAUUUACAUCAGUUAGUAGUAACCGGGACUAACGGCUUAACGUGCCUUCCGAAGCACGGAUCAUCUUACUUUCGGACAAUCUGGUGAUCAGCCAGUAAUGUCCUAACCAAACUAGGGGCCACAAAGUAAUUUUUGUGAUAUGACCCCACCGGGAAUUGAACCCGGGACCUCCGGAUCGUGAGCCCAACGCUCAACCACUGGACCACUGAGGUCGCUAGGCAGAUGUGUAAAACAUAUACACCCCCACUCCUCGUCAGCUAUGUUUAAAUACAGCAGGGCUAACAUACGCAACCUGAUAAAAUUAUCGAUCGAUUCAAUAGAUUUUGCCGAAAUCGAUAACUUUGUUUUUUUUUUGAACGGCGCGACUUAUUUGGGUUCACAUAUUAGCACCAAUGAUUAUAUCGUCAGAAUCGAUAAAAUGACAGUGACAAAAUUUUAUGUUAGCCCUACUGGAAACCCGGUGAUAUGAAUUAUCUAUUAUCCAAACAUGAAUUCAAACUCAUUAAGUCGAAUUCGGUAGAAAUCCCAGCUGGGAUUCAAACCCAUGACUACGAUGUAAGUAGGACGUUCUCCGAACGUAGCCAUGGCGGAUUCUUUCACGUACAUAAACAGCCUAUAUACGUCGCACUGCUGGGCACAGGCCUCCCCUCAAUCAACCGGAGGGGGUAUGGAGCAUACUCCACCACGCUGCUCCACUGCGGGUUGGUGGAGGGUUCUUUCACGUAUUUUUGACCAAUAGAUGCAGAUGCUUUUGCGGAUAAACAUUGUAUGGCUAUUAGUCGAAGCCCUCGAUAUAAUUCGCCGCGCGUAAUAAAGAAAUUUUGCGCACACACCUAGUGCGUAAGAAAUACCAAGAGUGUUAUUUCUACCAUGCUUGAGCUAAAUAUGGGUUCUUCUAUCGUGUGGGUUGUGAGGUGGAUUGCCAACCUCAUCAACCCUGGUGUCAGGGUUACUCUUGAGCCGCCAAAGGCCCCUGACAUGACUCAUGUAAUAUGGUUUAAAUGUGCGUGACGAAAAGUCGGUGCAACGGCAAAAAUAAAGUGAGACAAAACAAACUAAUAAGUAAUAAUAAUGUUAAUUAAUGCGCUUUAUGUAGAUUCCUACGAAGCUGUUUCAUUGUUCUUAUUUACCUACAGACGCACCCCGGACGCUGUAUACAAGAAAAAACUAUUCUUACCGCAUGCCCCUUACCUUCUUCUUUGCGAGUCGAUGGCGAUCGAUACUAAAUUUUUGCUGACCAAUAAUUGGCCACGCUUACGGCAUUGUCAGUGGCUUCGUAAAGGUCUUUAAUAGCGCAAGUGUUAGGGCCCCUUACCGCGUAAGUAAACGCGAGCGAGACAGACUUAGCAGCUUACGGCCACAUAAGGCUAAAGUAAAACCGAGAGGGGGUGAGGUAAACCGAGGUAGGUUUUUGGUGCGGAGCGGCGUUCUAUACGACGUAUUAUUGCGCGGAUUGUCUGUCUUGCACGCACUUACGUGUUAAGGCGGCGGUGAGAACGAGAUCUUUGUAAAGAAUAUCCGGGUGUGACGGUACUCUAGUUUUCUUACGUUUUCGCGUUCUGUCCACCCCGUCGGCAAAGUGGGCGUGAUUGUAUCUAUGUAGAAAAUACCUGGAGAACUCAACGUUUUUGCUUUCUUAAAGAUACUCUGUACUGUAUUCGUUUUAAUUUCCAAUGUUAACAUGUAAAUAAUGUUCGUUACGUUUUAUGGAAUAUUAUAGAAAUUAAGUUCCACAUAAUGAAAUAAACGUUUGUAAAAUAAA